GGCACUCAAAGCUCUCUGGAGUUACCUGACCCAGAAGGGAGUUAAUAGUGAGGCCAUCUGGGAGAAGAUUAAGGACAUCGUUAUCAAAACCAUAAUUGCAUCUGAGCCCUACGUGAACAGCCUGGUGAAGAUGUAUGUGCGGCGGCCGUAUUGUUGCCAUGAGCUGUUUGGGUUUGAUAUCAUGCUGGAUGAAAACCUCAAGCCCUGGAUCUUAGAGGUCAACAUUUCCCCGAGCCUCCACUCCAACUCCCCACUGGACGUGAGCAUCAAGGGCCAGAUGAUCCGGGACCUCCUCAACAUCGCCGGCUUCGUUCUGCCCAGUCCAGACAGCGUGGCCUCAAGGCCACAGACAAGAAGUGGCUCUACCUGCAGUCUGGGCAGUGCUUUGAAGGAGAAGCCCAAGCCCGCAUCUGAGCAUUCCAUAGCAGAGAAGAUGAAGAAGGCCUAUUACUUGACGCAGAAGAUACCUGACCAGGAUUUUUAUUCUUCUAUCUUGGACAUCCUGACCCCAGAUGAUAUUCGUAUCCUGGUGGAGACAGAGGACGAGUAUUCCCGGCGCGGGCAGUUCGAGCGGGUGUUCCCCACCCACAUCUCCAUGCGGUACCUGCGCUUCUUCGAGCAGCCUCGUUACUUCAAUAUCCUGGUGACCCAGUGGGAGCUCAAAUACUACUUGAAUAAACACAAAGGUCUGGAGCUGCUGAAGAACUCGUGCGUCAAAGGGUACCACACUGGGGCAGGGAUGGAUUUGGCCCCAAUGUGGUCGUUGCCAAAGUCUUUCUUCCUCCAGAAGAGCAGUGUUCAAUCAAAUGGCUUCAGCAAACUGGAACUGAGCAGACUGGGCAGCACGGGGUCUCCUUUCUCCGGCAGCAUGCUCCUCCCUUCAGCCGAUGAAGAUCUCACGAGGUGCCUGGAGCUCAGCCCUACUCAGGGCUUACCUCUCAACAAGUGCACUGCUGGAGCCGACCAGAAACCUGCUGGCUGCCUCUCGGACACCGCCCUGGUGAUGUGA